AUGAACCAUUCGCAUGCGGAAGUUGCCAGACUAGAGCAAAAGCUGGACCAUAUGGUUGCGCUGCUGGCGGCGUCCGACCAAGCUACUAGCACCAAACGACCGCGUAUGAGGGCACCCGAGGCACGGCUUGGCUCUGAAUCGCUCGAAAGGAUAGAUGGCGAUGGCCAUGAUGACGGCGCAACCCCUAGUAUAAGGGACGCACUCAUAUCGUUGGAAUUAUACAGGACCAAGAUGUUUGGCCUCUUUCCAUUCGUGGCUAUGGCACCUCAUAUGACAGCAGACCAGCUGAAAGAGGAGAAGCCGUUUCUUUCAAUGGCCAUUACAAUGGUUGUUUGCCAAACCGCACCGCGUCGUGAGAUUGCCAAGGCAAUCGGUGAACACAUAGCCAACGAUGUUAUUCUCAAAGGGGGGCAGAGUCUGGAUAUACUCCAGGGACUACUAAUCUAUGUAAACUGGCAUUACGCUCAUGUGCAAAGCAGCGCACAAUUGGUAAACCUGAUACAUUUAACUAUAGCUCAAGUAAUCAACCUGGGACUAGAUAGAGCUGCGAGAGCAUUCCCAAGUUAUCUAAAAGAACUGGACAUUGAGGGCACACGGCCUGCUCCCCCGACACUAGAAGAGAGACGGGCGUAUCUAGGAUGUUAUUAUCUUACCUCACUGCUUUCGGCAUGCACCAGAGAUAUGGAGCCCAUGCGUUAUACGUACUUCACCCAGGAAUGUUGCAACAUUAUUAGAGACGGCGCAGAGUAUGAUAGCGACAAAUACCUGGUACAAUUGGUUGGAGUCGCACAGCUUGCCGAAAAGAUUCACCGCGGCUUUUCGUGGGAAGGGCUGGAUCCUGUCUCCUCGGUUCCAGUGGGACUCGCCGUGAAAUGGCAAGAAGCAGAACUACAGCAGCUUAAAGCGAGUCUGUCAUCUGAUACUGGACAUCGAGAUAUUCUUCUCUUACAUUAUCACACUCUGGAGAUUAUUCUGUACAAGAUCGCACUCGCCGAUGGACAGUCGGAUAUCCAGUUUGGCGAUCACCCGAUGACUCAGUUGGACCUUUUAGUUCGUUGUUUGGAAUCUACAAGGUCCUUCUUCAGCUGUAUCUUCAGCCUAGAAUCAAGACUCUUCCCUAUAUUUCCCUAUACCUUCUGGUGUCAAGUCGGCCACGCCAUCAUCGUUCUAUCCAGACUGUCCCUGUAUGACAGCGAGAAAGGACACUGGGAUCGAGACUACGUUCGGAACACAAUAGACUACAAUGAUACGGUAGACCAGCUGGCAGGGAAGUUGGAUGAAGCGCGAUUACUGAUCGAAGAACAAGCAACACCCUCAGACCGAGUUCAACUACCCGAAAUCUUUACCUUGAUACCCAUACGAGUGCGAAUGCUCAAGGAAGCGUAUCAGAGAAGACAGGAGGCGCUGGCUAACCCCAGACGACAAUCUGCUCCGGCAGCUGUGGAUCAGGGCGAGCUUCUACCCUUCGUUUGGGGUGACCUGCUUCUUUUCAGUGACAUGCCGGAUCUGUUCGGAGGGUUUGGAUAG